AUGACAAAAAUAAUCAAAUCUCUUUACGACCAAGCGACAAUACAAGUGAGGAGUCGAAAUGCUUUUUCAAACGAAUUUGCAGUUACGGAAGGAGUCCUCCAAGGUGAGUCUCUCAUUCCUCUGUUAUUCCUUCUAUACAUAGCCGACUUCGAGGAUUUCUUCAGACAAAGGGGUCUAGAGGGACUCAACAUCGACGGAAUCCACGAUAUCGUGAUGCUGCUGUAUACCGACGAUACGGUUAUACUAGCCCAGAGUCAGACAGACUUAGCGAAAAAGCUCAGGGUGCUAGGAGAGUAUUGCGCAGAAAACGGGCUCACGGUAAACUCGAUUAAAACCAGUAUAAUAAUAUUUAAAAAUGGGGGCCAUCCGAAGGCAUUAGAUCCUAAGUAUACGCGACAUAUGGAUAAGAACAUCGAGACUGUAACUACGUACAACUACCUGGGAAUCCCGCUAUCGAGCUCGUCGCUCGGACAACUCGGAGCAGUGAAUGCCAUAAACAAAGCAAAAAUUUCAUCCGUAGCGGCUCUCGCAAUACUAGCAAGAGCAAAAAGUUACUACUGGAAAUCGUUUAAACACUUGUACGACAGUUUGAUCUCUUCUACUCUAUUGCACGGGGUGCCAGUUUGGGGUCUAAGAUAUCUAGAUCAAAUCGAGAAAGCGCAAACAGGGUUUUUCAAAUAUUUACUGUACCUACCGAGUAACACCCCGAACUGGGCACUGAGGUUGGAGAUGGGUACGAUGCAAAUAGCGUACUGUGCAAUGAUUAGGAUAUGGAAUUGGUUUAUGAAAAUACUCGAAAUGCCAGAAAAUAUCUUGCCAAAGUUAUGUAUGUUAAGACUGAUGAGCCUGGCCGAACGUGUAAACGGACCGUACGAACUGAAUUGGGCCUCCCAAUUCAGGGAGUUCUCAAGUGAAACGAACUGUCUAGACUUGUGGGGAACGCGUGACCCACAAGCCUAG